CUAUCUGACGUUUUUAUGUCACAUCUUACGACUGAUUUUGACGUAUAUUUAUAGAAAGAAUAUUUUAUAUUACUCUUAUAAUUUGUAAAAUAUGAGCGAAAGUGUGAGUUCACGCACGAAAACUUUAAGCGCUUCUACUUCAUCUGAAACAAUAGAAUAUCCUUUGGUUAAUGAUAGAUGGACAAACAACAUAAAUUACAGACAGCUAGUGAUGUCAUCUUGUAUCGGGAUAGUGCAAGUGUGGUGGCACCCUUAUUUACACGAUAUGAGAAAAUUCAUUCCCUUCAUAUUCCUAUACAACAUUCUGAGCGUAAUCUUCGGCUACCCGCUCAUGUAUCUUGAGUUAGCUCUCGGUAUAGUUACGAAGAAAAGUGUGAUAAACUGUUGGGAUUUAUCACCGGUCGCACGAGGCGUUGGUUUCUCGAUGUUGGCGUGUUGUGCGCUGACCGCGUUCGUAUCGGGCGCGGUGAGCGCGUGGUGCUUAGCGCUGCUAGUGCAUUCAGCACACGCCUUCCUGCCCUGGCUGCACUGCGCCGCCACCGCUCAGCCCGCCUGCGCCGCCAGACACCGACCUUUGCCGGAAGGCAGUGAGACUCCCGCGCAAUCAUUCUUCUUUAAUUUUAUAUUGAACUUAAAACGCGACGGAUUGAAAGGCGGGCUGGGAAGUGUCGUACCCGAGCUGGCCGUCUACUACGUCAUUAGCUGGCUGCUCAUAUACUUCGUUGCUUUCAAACGCAUAUACAGCUUCUCUAAAUUGGUACUAUUCAAAGACGUACUGGCAUACUUCGUGCUGCUAGUGUGCAUGCUGGGCGCGACGCGGCUGUCGGGCGCCGCCGCCAUGUUCAAUGAGUGCGACUGGAGCGUGUUACUUGAAGGCACGCAGAUAUGGCGCGACGCCCUCGAGUAUUCGUUAGUCCAGAUGUCGAUAUCCCAGGGUGUGCUGGUGAUGCUGGGCUCUUACUGCCCGAAGGCGCCACAUCGGCUGGCAACUACCGCACUGCUUACCUUCCUCGUUGCCAAGACCAGCUGCAUGGGUAGUGCGCUGUUGCUCGGCGCUGCGCACGGAGCACUACGCACUGAUUAUGACAAUGAUACUAACAUAUGGAGCGGUUCUUCAUCAUCAAUAAUACUAUGGGCGGACUACGUGGCGAGGAUACCUGGAAGCCAGUUCUGGUCGGCUCUCGUCUUCUUCACGCUAUUUGUACUUUCUGUAUCCACCACGGCUCUGUUGCUACAAACAAUCAUGUCUACGUUCACGGGUCGCUCCAUUCGUAAGAUCUCGUGGGCCUUCCUUGUUGCGAUCUGUGUGCUGUUCUGUUUUAUUGGCGUUAUGACGAUUUGUACACAGGGUGGUCUCUACAUCUUAAAUUUCUUGAUAUCAUGGCCGGUGUCAAAAGUACGCGCGCCGAUAGCGGCCGUGGUCGCCCUCGUUAUUACAUACACGUACGGACAGACUACAUUCUGCGAUGAGAUCUACUUUGCGGUCGGCGAAUACCCCUGCAUGUUUAUGAGGAUAAGUUGGGCUUUAACACCUUUACUGUUAAUAGUGGUAAUAACGGGUGUGGGUUCUCUGUGGACGUUCGAGGCGAGCGCGGGCUGGGUGUCGCUGGGCCUGUGUCUAGUCACCAUUCCCGUUUUCUUCAUUUUCUACUUCGUGUUCCGAUGCAGAGUAAGGAAUAUCGUGGAUGAUGUAAAAUGAUGCAAUAUUUAGAAAUAAAUUAUUUUUUCUA